AGCAGCCAAGAUGUGGGUGUACGCAUGCUGGAGGCCUGUAACAACAACCUGGAACUUGCCAUUGAUAUGCACAUGGAAGGAGGGGCAGGUAACUCAGGACUAGCUCGCUCUGAGGCUGCCGCUACAGCAGGACCCAGCUCAGCAUCAUCUUCCUACAUUACCAGCGAGGUCCGAGCUCCCAUCCCACAGAAAGAGGAAACCCUCGUAGAAGAGACACCAGUAUACGUGCACAGAGAGAUCUUUGAUGCAGGCUUUCGGGGAAGGAGAAGAACAGCCAGAUCCGUGUUCGAUGGAUUUCGAGAUUUUGAAACAGAAACACGCCAGCAGGAGGCUAUGCGCUCUGUGACGCGAAGCAACAGUAAGAGGAAGACGUUAGAAGACCUGUUCAGACCUCCCAUAGAUAUGAUACAUAAGGGCUCCUUUACAUCAGCGAGAGACAGCGGCACGACUGAUGGGCGGUGGCUAAUGGUGAAUGUUCAGAACGUUCAGGAGUUUGCGUGUCAGGCCCUGAACAGAGAUGUAUGGAGUAACAGUGCUGUCAAGGCUAUCAUCAAACAGCAUUUUGUCUUCUGGCAGGUGUACCAUGACAGUGAAGAAGGCAGGAAGUACAUGCAGUUUUACAAAAUCACCACAUGGCCGUAUGUAGCAGUGCUGGAUCCAAGAACAGGUGAAAACAUGGCAGUGUGGAACAAACUGGAUAAUGUGACGUUCUGCGAUUUAGUCACAGAAUUUUUAGCCCUAAAUCCUUCACUAGAUGGUUUGUCGAAGUCUCCACCUGCUAAGAAAACAAAGCGACAAGACAGUAUAGUUGAUGCCAGCGAGGAUGAUCAAAUGAUGGCUGCUAUUCAAGCUUCUCUUGAAGAUAACUCUAAGAGUAAACCCAACUGUGUAACAAUAGACAGCGAUUCAUCGGAGGAUGAGGAGCUGGAAACAUUUACUGACUCCGAUGACGUGAACUCAAAUCCAUCCCCUGUGAAAAAACCACGAGUUAGUAGGAAGAAAUCCCCGAUCAAAAAAGACAGUUUGUGCUCAAAACUUACAAACUCGGCAAACUCUUGUUCUUCUGCCAAUCAUAAAAACUCGGCGGGGAAAAAAUGUGCAAAACGAAGGAGAUCUUCUGAAAAAGAGGAAGAAAAGAGUGCAGUAGUGGUAGAGCCAGAACGGUGGAGAAACUACCUUGGAGAUGAAGGAGACUCGCAGGCCACAUUGAUGUUCCGAUACCCAGACGGCAGCCGCGAACAACUCGCAAUACCUCAUACUUCACAGCUCUGGGCCUUGGUGUACUUUGUUAUUGGAAAAGGCUAUUCCAAUGAGCAAUAUGAAUUAGUCACCCAGUUUCCACGGCGACGCAUUUCCGAUCUGGACCUAGAAUCAACGUUACAACAGAAUGGUUUGCAUACACGAGAAACAGUGUUUGUGCAAGCCAGGUGAUGCUUGUUAAUUCCAUCAUAUAUUUUUUUAUAGCUGCUGGACAUUUUAAAACAUGGAAUACAUUUAUGAAGCCAGGACAUUGUCUUUUCUCAGGGAUUCCACUUAAUCUGGGAUUGCAAAUUUAAAAUUUAGAAUUUACAUUUUUUUGUAAAGAAUCACCAGGUAUUUUUAAUAGGUAACAGGAUUUCCUCACUGCCACAACAAAUGUCCGGAGAACUUGUUAUUAAAAUGAACUUCAGUAAAAAAAAAACCUUUUCAGCUGAAACAAAAUUUAACUUUAUGUAUUUUUGGUGCAAAGCAGAAUUUACCUCCCUGAAUUGUUUGCAUAUCUGUCGCAUGACCUUGUACAUACCACUCAUUGUUCUCAUGAUAUACUUGUAUAUACAC